UAAUAAACGGAAUAAUUAUUUUUUGCAAUACACAUAUUGAAUUAAAAUUAUUGGUAUUUUUAAUUUUUCUUUUCUUUUGGUUAUUUAUUUUUGAUUAUACAAUUUCCUGUAGACUUGACGUUCGACGGAUAAGUUACACUUUUUUCAUUUUUCUUUGAUUUUUUCAAUCAUACUUUCAACAAAUGGAUAUUUUAAAACCAGAAUUAGUUUGGAUAUCAGGUCGAUGUUACAGAGUAAAUGCAGAACACAACACUGAUGCCACAGGACCAGAUGUGCUUGAGGAGAAUGAUUUUUGUGGAAUGGGUGAUGAAGAUAUAAACAAUGAUUGCGAAGCAGAAUAUGCUAUUGAAACCCUAGCAAAUGGAAACUUCCGUUCGUCUUUCCAUGUACCACAAUUUUAUUAUGCUCAAAUAAUUGGAGCAAGAGGCGCAGUUCGAAGAAAGAUCGAAUUAGAAACUCAGACAAAAAUAUCAAUUCCUCGAAAAGGUCAGAGAGGUGAUGUAGUAAUCACAGGCAACUCUGAAAAAAAUGUUUUCAAAGCAAGGCGCAGAAUUGAUUUAAUUGUAAUUGCAUCUAGAAAUAAGCAACCGUUUACUCAUUUCUUAUCAAUUCCGUUUAAUUCAGCUGAAAUAAAAGAUCGGUUUCAGGAAUUCAAAGCACGUAUUCUUGAAAACCCACUAAUUUUUGUAGAUCCAAAAAGUUUUCAAAUUCCUGAAAAGUUGCAUUUAACUAUUGGAACAAUGUGCCUUAUGGAUAAUGAGGAUAGAGCACUAGCUGCAGAAUUAUUAAAUGAAUGCAGAAAAUCUGUAAUAGAUCCUAUUCUUGAAAAACUUGGGCCUAUAAAAUUGACUUUAUCUGGACUAGAAAUAAUGAAUGAUGAUCCAUCAACAGUUGAUGUUUUAUACGGAUGUAUUCAAGAGACCCAGUGGAGUAAUGAUGGCACAUUUCAAAAUUUAUUAGAUAAAAUUGUUGAUUUUUUUUCUAGGAAAGGUUUGAUACAGAAACAGUAUGACCAUGUGAAACUUCAUGUCACAUUACUAAAUUCUUUGUUCAGCCAAGACUCGGAGGAGAUGGCAAGAAAACCAUUUAAUGCUUCAAUAAUAUUAAAUACAUUUGGCUCAUAUGAAUUUGGUUCACAAGAACUUCAAGAAAUUCAUUUAUCACAACGGUAUUCAACAGGUUGUGAUGGAUAUUAUCAAUCCACAAUGAUACUGCAAUGUUGA